UCAUCUAGCUGUCACCCACAUCCUCCAUUGUUGGUAUAAAAGGUAAAUAAAAAACACAACCAAAAGAGAAAAUAUGAAAGAAGGAAUAUACUGAAUCAAAAUCCUUCUUCAAAUAUUACACCAAAUAGCCAUGUCUGAAAAUCUUUCCAAUUAUGGCACACUUCCAACAUCCACGUCACCAACACCACCCCCACCGACCACCCAUUCGGCCAGAAAACCACCUCGUCCACCUCUACCACCACUCCGACCACCACCACCACCACCACCACCACCCCCAUCCAGAUCCGAAACACCCACGCGCCGUCCAUGGCGCGUGUUCUUCGAUUACACCCUCAUUUCCCUUCCUUACAACUACACCGAAGCCAUGACGCGCGUGAGACGCAACCUUAACUACUUUCGCGUAAAUUACGCUAUGGUAAUCCUCGUUAUCCUCUUCAUCAGCCUUGUUUACCAUCCAAUCUCAAUGAUCGUGUUCUUGGCUGUUUGUAUAGCUUGGUUAUACUAUUUCCGUGAAGAACCAAUCAUAAUUAUGGGUACCCAAUUGGAUGAUCGUCUUGUUUUGGUUGGUUUAGGGUUGGUUACUGUCAUCGCCUUAGCGUUUACUCAUGUGGGGGUUAAUGUUUUGGUCGCUUUGAUUAUUGGGUUUCUUGUUUUGGGCCUACAUGGGGCUUUAAGAGGAACUGAGGAUUUGUUCUUGGAUGAAAAUGAGGCUGCUGAAGGUGGGUUGCUUUCGGUUGUAAGUGAAGAACAAAUCAGGUCUAGUUAUAGGUAGUGUAUUAAUGAUAUGGGAAAUUUGAAAGAAGGGGUUUUUAUAAUUGUUCUUGGAUUACAUUGGGUGAAAUGGGGGUGAUGAGUUUGAGUGAAGGAACAUUUCUAAUUUUAGAGCAGAUUUGUUGCUUGGAGGUGUUUGCCUACAUAGAUAGUCGAAAAGUGGCACUGUACCUCUUUUGGCGACUGUUCUGGACUUCUGUUGAUACCACACCUCAUUUCCUGGACUCUCCAACAGUAUCAUGUCUCUGCCGUCCAUCCAUUCUUCUGGCCAUUUUCCCAGCAACUUGGUCGACGAGCUGCAACUUACGGAUUUGUCUAGCUUCCAUGAUUAUCUGUUUUCUAUAUUUUAGAAGUAAAUUGUAGUUAGUUUGCAGGGAUGAAUGGAGAAGGAAAUCAUCAUUGGUUCUACCUCCUAUUUCUCCUGAAGUAUAGAUCUUUUUCCCGAAGGAUUAGAAAAAAUGGACAUUGAUUUUAAAGGAAAGUAUCAAAAGAUUAGAAAUGUUAAAAUUUUAAGUUAGAUAUCGUCCCAUGUUUGGCAAGUAUUAAACUUGUAUAGCAUAUUUGUAUUUGACAUCAAUAAAUAGGUAUGCCUUGUAUUUAUCAAAUUAUCAAGUCGUCAAUGCUAUGUACAUCUUAAUUUUUCACAGCUACGUUAGCUGAUGGAAGUGUACCAACAGAUAGUUUAUGUUCAAGCAUGUAUUAUAUUCUCUGGUGAAUGCAAAUACGCUCUUUCAAGGAUCUGGCAA